UCCCGUCUUCCCUUUCGGUCCUUGCAGCUAAAGAACAAGGUCGUGAGAAAGGAAGGGCUUGGGGCGGUGCGGCCAUUUCUCCCGUCUUCGGACUCUGAGCUCUCGCAGGGCUUCCAGCAGCACCAUGCUGGGACAGAGCAUCCGGAGGUUCACGACCUCCGUGGUCCGCAGGAGCCACUAUGAGGAGGGCCCGGGGAAGAAUCUGCCAUUUUCAGUGGAAAACAAGUGGCGGUUACUCGCUAUGAUGACUUUAUACUUUGGAUCUGGGUUUGCUGCACCUUUCUUUAUCGUAAGACACCAACUACUUAAGAAAUAAGGAUGUUUGAAUUCAUCCAUUUAAUAGAUAUGAAGAACAUUUUAAGAGGCGCAGUCACAAUCUCUGGAAAAUGGAUCAAACUCUUAAAAUCAUAGCAUACUGAAUAUGUUUGUAAAUAAACUUAAGACCUGAAUGCA